AUUGUUCCAGGGUUCCAACAUUUUUCGGAUUCAUCCUGUAAAUUUGUCGUAAGACUAUUUGACUUGGACAAAAACGGUGGUCUCGACGUGAAAGAAUUCGAGUCUCUCUAUUACUACAUUCGUCAAUGGUUGAACGCGUUCAACACUUACGAUCGUGACAAAUCCGGGUUUCUCGAUGAAAACGAGCUAGACUACGCCUUGAAGCAAAUGGACAUCAACUUUUCCCCGGAAUUCAUCAGAUUUCUCAUCACCAAAAACAACCCGAAGGCCAAGAAGAUGGCUUUGGACCAGUACAUCAUCACUUGUAUUCAGAUUCAACGAUUCACCGAUGAAUUUAAGAACAGAGAUGUGAAUUAUUCGGGAAGUAUGAAUAUUAAGUACGAAGAUUUUUUGGAAAUGAUUCUAAGAUGUUUAUAAUGAUAAUUUUAAUCUGAAGGUUUUGAUGUUUUAACUGAAUAAAAUGACUG